AUGGACCCGCCCAAGCUCCCCUCCACUCAAGGGGACCCGUCUCCAUUCGGGAACAAUGUCAACAAUAACUCAGUUGAUGAAUCGCAUUGUGAAUUGACCGAGUCCCUGAAUCGCAUGACUCUGGCGACAGCGACAUCAACACCGUUACCUCCAUCCCCACGUCUUUUAAAUGUUUCAUCCCAACUUCCUGUUCGACUUGCUCCUGUUGUUCCUGCUAUUCCUCUUCAAUCAAACGGUUCCUCUGCCCGAGACGAACGCCGCAAGUCACUCCCCGCGUUACAAAAGCGCAAGUCUACUGCGUCUCUUCGCUCAGUCUCCGGAGCUUUCAAGCCUACUUCUCCAAUUGACCCACGUCGCACAUCUCCCAAGUCCGCGGGGUCUCCGACGACCACUGUGUCUCCCUCAAUGCCUUCUGCUCGCCUCGCUUUCGGUCCGGCUCCGGAGCCUGCAGUCCCAACUCCCGCGUCUGUUGCGGCCGAACACUUCGAACAAGAACUCGAGCUACACAAAUCUGUCGAUUUAUGCACCAAAGUUGCUGUUAUAAUGCAUGAUGACUGCUACGGACAUCGUUUUUCUCGUCUCAAUACAAGCAAAAGUGAUCUCCAAACGUAUGUUGAGAGACCGGAGCGCAUUCGCGCCUGUACAAUUGGAGUUUCUAUGGCAUACGUCCGCCUCGGCCUUCGACACUCCGGAGAGCGAUUCGCACCAAACCCCCAUGUGCCUGUGGAUGAACUGGAUUUCCCAUUUCGGAUUGUCAACACUGAUCGCAAGGUUCAUCUAGCUGAAACUGCUGUUACGAAUGUCCACGGAAUCAAAUGGAUGUCAGAAUUAAAAUGGAUGACUGCAAUCGCUGACACACGGGUUCAACAAGAGCAACUCGAAGUGGCCCGGCAACACACAAUGAACAACGAUGGUCUGGCUAUGAGCGGACCUGAGCUGUCUAAAAAUGAUCUUUAUCUUUGUGCCGAAUCCCUCAAUGCCUUUGAAGGAGCGUUGGGAGGUGUCUGUGAAGGUGUCGAUGCUGUCUUCAACCCCGGCCCCAUUGAGCGUGUCUUUGUUUGUAUUCGGCCGCCUGGUCAUCACUGUUCAUCUGAUAUUCCCUCCGGCUUCUGUUGGAUCAAUAAUGUUCACGUCGGCAUUUCUCAUGCAGUUACAACCCACGGACUUACCCAUGCUGCCAUCCUGGAUUUCGAUCUCCACCACGGUGAUGGAUCUCAGGAUAUCGCCUUUGAGCACAACUCGAAAAUCCUCACCAAAGCGCAGCAAGCUCACUAUGCAAAACACAAUUCGCCGGAGCUGACUGAGUUCAAAAAUCUCUCUCCCUAUGGCAAGGCUCCAAUCGGCUACUAUAGUCUUCACGAUAUCAAUUCCUUUCCUUGUGAGUGGGGUGAACGCGAAAAGGUUUUCGGUGCUAGCCUCUGUAUUGAUGGCGCACACAAUCAAUCCAUCUGGAACGUUCAUCUUGAAGAAUGGGAUUCUACAGAGAAAUUCUGGAAACUGUACAACACGAAAUACGUCACCUUACUCACCAAAGCCCGCAAAUUCCUGCGCCACCACUCGAAGGAGCUUGCUGAGGCUCACGCCAAAAACCCAGCUUCACCUCCUCCCAAGGCUGCUAUUUUCAUCUCUGCUGGCUUUGAUGCAAGCGAGUGGGAAGGCGGCGGAAUGCAGCGCCACGUGGUGAAUGUGCCUACGGAAUUCUACGCCAGAUUCACUGCCGAUGUUGUUCGCAUGUCCCAGGAAGAAGGACUUGGCGUCGAUGGGCGUGUCAUCAGCGUUCUGGAAGGCGGCUACAGUGACCGCGCCCUGUCCUCUGGUGUCCUCAGUCACCUGGCUGGUCUGAGCGAAGGGACUGGACCAGCAUCCAAGCUCUCCAAAGCGACCACCCUUCCAUACACCUACAAUCCCGAGUGGUGGUCCGCAACCAACCUCAACGAGCUGGAUGCCGCAAUGAUGCCCGGGAAACGGCGCACUAAGACCUCAACCACUUACCUCGCAUCCACCGAAUCCUCCACGGCGAAAGUGGUGACGCCCGGGCGAGACCGCAAGUCAGCAGGGGACGCUGACUUCAACAUUCCACUCGCCCCAGAAGUCCCCUGGGCAGUCGCCGCAGCUGAGCUCAACAAGAAGCUCAUUCCCAACCGGCAGACCCAGAGCUUCCGAGAUACCGAACUUGCCCGCGCUGCACUCACCGAGCGGCAACUGCGCGCCCGCAAACCUCCCAAAGCCGCGACCCCGGCCCCAGCAACUCCCCGCCCGGCCACACCUCGCCGCGGCACCCGAAAAACCCCCAAGACCACUGUCGCGGCGACAACUAUGCCCGACGCCUCUCACGAGGUAUCCCCGUCCGUGGUCGCCUCCCGGCGCAAGGCACGCACCCCGCGCCGGGGACUAAGCCCGCAGAAGCGGCCCCCGGUGCCCAAGAUUCCCGAUACGGUGGAGAAGGGUGUGCAGCGUUUGCUCCUCCGGAUGCCUUCGCGGGACCGGAGUGUGUCUCGCGGCCGAAAGUCGUCCGGUGGUUCGGAGGAUAUGAUGGGCUCGGGGCGCAUUUCGAAGUCCCCACAGUCAAAGAAGAAGGGAAAGAUGGGGAGUGGGGGUGGUGAUUCACCCUCCCUGGGGCUCAAUUUGAAGCCCAAGGAUGAGCCAACGGGGGGCUUUUGA